AUGGAGGAUAGAGUUCAUCCAUAUGUGGAUAGAUUGGAUUUGUAUCUGGUUAGAGAUCGUACUAUUGCUUCUUUAAAUAAAGACAUGGAAAUAGCAAGGAUGCAAGAUUUUGCACAGAAAUUGGAGGAUCGAAAGCAAAAGAGUGAGAGCCGAGGUUCACGGACAACAGGAUAUCCAGAACAGGGCAGUACAAGCCAAUCAUUGACUCCUAGGCAGCCUUGUAAACAAUGUGGGAGGAGUCAUCUAGGUAUAUGUCGUAUUGGAACAGACGCCUCUUAUUGGUGUGGUAUGCCAGGGCAACUCAUGAUAAAUUGCCCUAAAAGGCGCAUGAGUGAUAUAGCACAACCUACUGGAUCAGCUGUUGCAUCGUUAUCAUCGAUGCCUCAUUUAGGUAGAGGUCUACGGGUUCCUACAGGUCCUGGUAGAGGUGUUAGAGGAGCAGCUAGUUCUAGAAGAGUCCAAAAUCGCACAUAUGCUCUAGGGAGUUGA